AUGGCAUCUCGCCAUCUACCCACAGUCACAGCGAGCGAGCGAGGCUGGCUGCACCCGUCUGGCUUCAUUCCUCAGCACGUAAAGCGUAACUGCUUCAGUACUAAUCCACUCCAGUCAGUCCAUGUUAGCAGCCAACGUGUGUGGACCCACCCAGCACACACGGAUCGUCAUCCAUUCCAGCGUGGGCCGCAGGUCGUCCCUCCUGGGAAGCUUGAGGAUGUCAUAACAUCACGCUUGCCGAAACCAGCGCAUGUCUCAGAAGACAUCGCCCCGGCCAGUUGCGCACAGCUACCAGGCGACGAAGUGCCCGUUGCAUAG